AUGGAGGCAGUAGAUGGUCGUGUCGAGCAGGAUCACAGCAUCAGUGACAUUAACAAACGUCUCUCGUUACCGGCUGACAUUCGUCUCCCUGACGAUUACCUGGAGAAGUUUAACUUGAUUGGUCCAGCUCUGUUUGAGCAGCCAAUAAGCAGACGGCUGCGCAGAGUGUCUCUGUCAGAGAUUGGUUUUGGGAAACUGGAGACGUACAUAAAACUGGACAAACUUGGAGAGGGGACAUAUGCAACGGUGUAUAAAGGUCGCAGUAAACUGACGGAGAACCUCGUGGCUCUGAAGGAAAUUCGACUGGAACACGAAGAAGGAGCGCCGUGUACUGCGAUCAGAGAAGUGUCUCUGUUGAAGGAUUUGAAACACGCCAACAUUGUGACGCUGCAUGACAUCAUCCACACACAGAAGUCCCUCACACUGGUGUUUGAGUAUCUGGACAAAGAUCUGAAACAGUAUCUGGACGACUGUGGAAACAUCAUCAACGUCCACAAUGUUAAACUCUUUCUGUUCCAGCUGCUGCGAGGUUUGUCGUAUUGCCAUCGGAGGAAAGUUCUCCACAGAGACCUGAAACCCCAAAACCUGCUUAUCAACGAGCGAGGAGAACUCAAACUGGCUGACUUUGGUUUGGCUCGAGCAAAGUCCAUCCCGACGAAGACGUACUCCAACGAAGUGGUGACGCUGUGGUACCGACCGCCAGACAUCCUACUGGGCAGCACUGACUACUCCACCCACAUCGACAUGUGGGGUGUUGGUUGUAUCUUCUAUGAGAUGGCGACAGGUCGUCCUCUGUUUCCUGGGUCGACGGUGGAGGAGGAGCUUCACUUUAUCUUCAAACUCCUCGGGACACCCACAGAGCAGAGCUGGCCUGGAAUCAGUUGUGCUGAAGAAUUUUUGGCAUUUAACUUCCCUCAAUACAGAGCAGAGACGCUGACUCACCACACCCCAAGGCUCAGUAGUGACGGUGUGGACCUGUUGUCAAAGUUCCUGCAGUUUGAAGGGAAGAAGAGGAUCUCCUCGGCAGAGUCAAUGACUCAUUGUUAUUUCAGUAACCUUGGCAACAGAGCAGCGACACUUCCUGACACGACGUCCAUCUUCAGUCUGCCCGAGAUCCACCUGGAGAGGGAAACAACCAGACCCACCGUCGCACCUGAGCCAGGUAACACCCACCUGAGCCAGGUAACACCCACCAGAGACAGCCAACAGUCCGGCUAAGAGGCGGAGUCUUCUGUUCUGACAUCACCAGGGAGGCCGAGUCUGUUGUUCUGACAUCACCAGGGAGGCGGGGUCUUUUGUUCUGACAUUACCAGGGAGGCGGAGUCUGUUGUUUGUGGGUUUUUUCUGUGGUUGUAAAAGAAGAGAAGAAGAAAACAAAGUGAGCAUUGAUCAGAUGUUUUUUGGUGGCUGCUGAUGGCGGCUGCAGGGACUGAUGCAAUAACGAGCGUCAUCAUGCUGUCACUGAUGAACGGAUAACUGCUGCCUGAGCUGAAGUCCUCACGCUGGAAACACUUGAAUCCAGGUAUCACCUGAGUGAUAUCAGCGAUGAGGUCACACCGACGAUGUCACCAUCUGGUUUGUUUGCACUAAACUGAAACAUUUUUAUAUUCCUUCUGUUUACAAAAUGCCACAAACUAAACAGAAGGACUGGGGGCUCAGUGGAUUGAGUGGCGCCCCACGUACAGAGCUUGUGUCCUCGCCGUAGCGGCCGCAGAUUUGAAUCCAGCCUCGGCUCUUUGCUGCAUGUCUUCCUCUCUCUCUGUCCCCGUUUCACGCUCACACUGUCCUGUCAAUUGAAGGCAAGAAAAGGCCAAAAAACAAAACAAAACAGAAAGACUGAAAUUAGAGAAGUUAACCCUUUUCUCUCUGAGCAACUCGGCUUGAUUUCUUUUGAAAACAUGCGAAGAGUGCGACGAGCAGCGAAAGAGGAAAUGACCAUAAAAUUAGUUAAAAGUAGAAAAAAAAUUACUAAAGACAUGACGUUACAGAAAUAAUUCUAUAACAAAAUUUUAAAUUUGUUAUUAUGAUCAUAACAUUUUGUUAACCCCAUUGGCUGCUUUCUUGCCUCUUUCUCCUGUUUUUUUUAAAAAGAAAUGGCACCGAUGUGAUUGGGCUUCGAAGGGUUAGAGACUUUUAAAAAGGCUUCAAAAGGGUUAAUACCUCUGAAUUCAAAGUUAAUUGAUUGAGUUUAAAGCUAGAAGUGAACAGAGUUGACAGUUCACCAGUUUUAUAGUGUGAACAAAAACUGAUGAAGAAAAGCGAUUUUAUAAAAGUCCGUUAUGUCCUUUAUUAUGAAAAACCUGCAGAAGAA